AUGUAUAAUUGCACCUUUCCCUAUCAGCCUUUAUUUUGCUAUUAUCCAAUGCAAACAUUCACACCUUACAUAAUGUACCCAUAAUAAAUCGUUGUUUAAACUUAAAUAUAACUCAGCGAAUAAUAAGUAGUACAAAACGAUAAUUACUUGAAUAACUUAACCAAACAACAUUAUGAAGAAACAAAACCACAUGGAUCAUAAGAUAAUGUAGAUUUAGAUUUGGAUGUAGAAUAUUAAGAUGAAAAAGUUGAAUAAGAUGAAGAUUAUAGGGCGACAUGUUUAAAAGAAAAUUAAGAAAAAAGUUAUGCUGUUAAUUAAUUGAUUGGUUCAACUAAUUUAUAGAAAAACUAUGCCAAAGCAGUCAUUCUUUAUAUAAAGCAAUAAAAUGUAGCUGUUGUUGCUGAAUUAGGAGAUAAAAAAGCAGUUAAAUUUUAUCGACUUAUAAGAAAACUCCAAAAUAAUAUCAAAAAUAUUACACAUAUUACCAAAUAUACCAGAGAUGAGGACUUUAUUAGGGUUUUUAGAAUAUUAUGGUAUAAUAUAUUAUUAGAUAUUAGUAAUAAAUUCUUAAGAAAGGAUUAUGUCAGUUAUAUUUACAAUUCAAAAAUCUAAUAGAAGACAAGCCAUUUGAAAGGCAAGCAUAUUAUUAGAUAAAAACUUUUCAAAAUUUGA